AUGCCGUUCACUGCAUCCGACAUCUGCAAGAUCAUUCUUGCCAUCAUCCUCCCUCCUCUCGGUGUCUUCCUUGAGAGAGGUUGCAAUGCCGACUUCUUCAUCAACAUCCUGCUUACAAUCCUGGGUUAUAUUCCGGGUAUCAUCCACGCACUGUACGUUCAGGCGCACCAAGCCAAUCUUACAGAUACGCGCCGGAUGCAUGCUAACACAUGGACCAGCUACAUCAUCCUGAAGUACUGA